AUGGCGCCGGCUGUUUCAGUCAAAGUUCGGGUGUGGUCUCGGAGAGAAAUCGAGGGAUUGAUUGCAGACGGGCGAAAGAUAAUCAUAUUGAGUGGUCAAGUAGUGAAGGCCGACGCGUGGCUACCAUAUCACCCAGGCGGGGAUAAAUCAAUAUUGCAUAUGGUUGGUCGGGAUGCAACGGACGAAAUAACAGCAUUACACUCAAGAGAAGCACAGGCACAUAUGCAGAAAUAUGUGAUAGGAAGAGUACACGGAAAAUGGGAAAAUCUACUCCCUCCGAUACAGGGAGGAACUUUCAGAACGCUGGUCUCGACGCACGCCGACAACCAAACAUUACAUUCAGAAGAAGAAGAAAUCAGCUCAUCUGGAAAUUCGACACCGCCAUCACCAGUGUUUGACACCAAUGUAAUAGGAAAUGAACAUUUCCGGAGGCGUGCGGGCAAUGAUACGCCUGCAUCUCAGCGUUCAUCAAUAUCAUCAUCAGAGCCGGGAUUGAGACAAUUCAGAUCUGGGGAAGCAUCAACAGCCUACGGGAUAUCGACAGAUCUUUCAAACUAUCCUGGUCUUGAUAAAAGAUCACAAGACGAGAUCGUCUCAAAGUAUCGCCAGCUUGACGAAAGAUUGCAAUCCGAAGGAUUAUACCAGUGCCCAUAUGGCUACUACGCCAUCGAGUUAGUUCGAUACUGUAUCCUUUUCGUUCUCUUCUUGACAUGUCUUCACUACUCAUACUACGCUCUUUCGGGCCUGUUCCUCGGGCUAUUCUGGCACCUGCUUGCUUUCACCGUCCACGACGCCGGUCAUAUGAGCAUAACCCAUGGAUUCCACACGGACAGCUGUGUGGGGAUAUUCAUUGCCGAUUUCCUUGGUGGCCUUUCGAUCGGUUGGUGGAAGCGGAAUCACAACGUGCAUCACAUAGUAACCAACUCGCCCGAGCACGAUCCAGACAUCCAGCACAUGCCAUUUUUCGCGAUAUCUUCUCGAUUCUUUAAUUCCUUGCGCUCGAGCUACUACGACCGCGACAUGAAUUUUGAUGCUGCGGCACGGUUUUUUAUUAAGCACCAGCACUACCUCUACUAUCCCAUACUUUUGAUGGGUCGUUUCAAUCUGUACGUCCUAGCAUGGUCAUACCUAUUGGAUCCGGUGCAAGCCCCCCGCAAAGGCCCAGCAUGGUGGCACCGUUAUCUUGAAUUGGCUGGCCAGGUGUUUUUCUGGUACUGGUUCGGCUACCGGACGCUUUAUCUCUCGAUUCCGACGUGGUCGUCCCGAAUCACGUUCCUGCUCAUCUCACAUAUGGUCACCGCCCCGUUGCAUGUACAGCUCACACUCAGUCACUUUGCCAUGUCGACCGCCGACCUGGGCAUCCAUGAGUCAUUUGCUCAAAAGAUGGUGCGGACGACCAUGGACGUCGAUUGCCCUCCUUGGUUGGACUUUGUGCAUGGUGGCCUCCAGCACCAAGUUGUACACCACUUAUUCCCUCGUCUCCCAAGACAUAACCUACGGCGAGCGCAAAAGUACGUGAAGGAGUUCUGCCACGACGUUGGAAUUCCCUACGUAAUAUUUGGGUUUGCGCGGGGGAACAUGGAAGUCAUCAGCAGACUAGGCGAGGUCGCCGAUCAAUUGAAGGUGUUAGAGGAAUGUAGAAAGGUUGCUGCAAAAGAUUUGAUCGAAGGCCACCACGGAUAUUGA